GCGCGUGCAGGGCGCCAGCUUCUUGGCGAGCGCGCGGAGGCCGCGCGAAGGUGACCGAGGAUCCCCGCUUACUGUGGCCAGGUGCUGCCUCUGACCCUAGCUGUCAGCUCCAGUUGGCUUUGGGUGUCUCCCUGGUACCUUCCCAUAAUAGAUGUGUCUGUGUGUUGCUGUGUCUUGAGCACCCCAAGCCAGUCCUGAAGCAUGGCUGCCAUGUUGGGGGAUACCAUCAUGCUGGCCAAAGGCCUUGCCAAACUGACCCAGGCGGCCCUGGAGACCCACCUACAGCACUUGGGCGUUGGUGGGGAGCUUAUCAUGGCAGCCAGGGCCCUGCAGUCCACAGCUGCAGAGCAGAUGGGCGUGGUCCUGGGGCUGGUACAGGGUCAACAUAAACAUGAAGUGUCUUAUGCCACCGAGAGCUUUGAUGACCUAGAAGCAGAGAUCCCCUUUUCAGGAGCACAGACAGCUGGGGCCUCCGCUGAUUUCCCUGAGGCCUCCACCAUUGACCAGUCACCAUCUCCAUCCAGUGGUCACACCCACAGUGAGGGCCCGGCUCCUGCCUAUGUUGCGAGUGAACCAUUUAGGGAAGCCGGGUUCCUGGGACAGGCCACUUCCCCCCUGGGCAGGGCCAAUGGGAGGCUGUUUUCUGACCCCAGAGACUUUUUCUUCCCCACUGGCUUCCAACGAAGGUUCUUCCAUCAGGAUCAGUCUCCUGGUCUCACGGCUGAGGACAUUGAGAAGGCCCGGCAGGCCAAGGCCCGCCCCGAGAGCAAGCCACACAAGCAGAUGCUCAGUGAGCGGGCGCGGGAGAGGAAGGUGCCAGUUACGCGGAUUGGGCGGCUGGCCAACUUCGGAGGUUUGGCUGUGGGUCUGGGCUUUGGGGCCCUGGCUGAGGUUGCCAAGAAGAGUCUGCGCCCCGAGAACUCCACAGGGAAGAAAGCUGUGCUGGAUUCCAGCCCCUUCCUGUCGGAGGCCAACGCAGAGCGCAUCGUGAGCACACUAUGCAAGGUGCGCGGGGCAGCGCUGAAGCUGGGCCAGAUGCUGAGCAUCCAGGAUGACGCAUUCAUCAACCCUCACCUGGCCAAGGUCUUUGAGCGCGUGCGGCAGAGUGCUGACUUCAUGCCGCUGAAACAGAUGCUGAAAACGCUCAACAAUGAUCUGGGCCCCAACUGGAGGGACAAGCUGGAGUACUUCGAGGAGCGGCCAUUUGCGGCCGCCUCCAUUGGUCAGGUGCACUUGGCCCGCAUGAAGGGCGGCCGUGAGGUGGCCAUGAAGAUCCAGUAUCCUGGUGUGGCUCAGAGCAUCAACAGUGACGUCAACAACCUCAUGGCCGUGCUGAACAUGAGCAACAUGCUCCCUGAAGGCCUGUUCCCAGAGCACCUGAUUGACGUGCUGAGGCGGGAGCUGGCCCUUGAAUGCGACUAUGAGCGGGAGGCCGCUUGUGCAAAGAGGUUCCGGGAGCUGCUGAAGGACCACCCCUUCUUCUACGUGCCUGAGAUCGUGGAGGAGCUCUGCAGCCCCCAUGUGCUCACCACGGAGUUGGUGUCUGGCUUUCCCCUGGACCAGGCUGAGGGGCUGAGCCAGGAGGUUCGAAAUGAGAUCUGUUACAACAUCUUGGUCCUUUGUCUGAGAGAGCUAUUUGAGUUCCACUUCAUGCAGACAGACCCCAACUGGUCUAACUUCUUCUACGACCCCCAGCAGCACAAGGUGGCUCUUUUGGACUUCGGGGCCACACGGGAAUAUGACAGAUCCUUCACUGAUCUUUACAUUCAGAUCAUCAGGGCUGCUGCUGACCGGGACCGGGAGGCUGUGCGCCAGAAGUCCAUCGAGAUGAAGUUCCUCACCGGUUACGAGGUCAAGGCCAUGGAGGACGCCCACUUGGAUGCCAUCCUCAUCCUGGGUGAGGCCUUUGCCUCUGAGGAGCCGUUUGAUUUUGGCACCCAAAGCACCACUGAAAAGAUCCACAGCCUCAUCCCCAUCAUGCUGAAGCACCGCCUGGUCCCGCCGCCUGAGGAGACUUACUCGCUGCACCGGAAGAUGGGCGGCUCCUUCCUCAUCUGCUCCAAGCUCAAGGCCCGCUUUCCCUGCAAGGCCAUGUUUGAGGAGGCCUACAGCAACUACUGCCAGAUGCAGGUGGAGCGGCAGUAGCCCCAGGCGGACCCCAGGUGGCGGUGACCUUGUCCCGGGCUCCCUGCUGGGCCCGAGGAUCCCAACAGGCUUUAUGCAGUUUUCACGCUAAGUGGGUGGAAUGACAAGGGCAGAGGGGCAGUGGAAGCCGCUCUUCCCGGAGAAUCUGCCCUCGGAAAUCUCGAAGGGCGGGGCGGGGCGGGGUAUUCCCACCUCCCGCUUCCUGUCCUGUCAGCCAGAGACCAGGCAGGCCGCCUCCCGCUCCUUGCUGUCCAGCAGCUCCUGGACGUCGUCGGUGCUGUGCGGCUUGCAGUUCCCAGUGCUCUGUGUCUCUGUGCCUCUUCUGCUCCACCUGUGGUGUGGCACUGGGGCACCAUGCCGGUGAGUGCCGUGAUCUGUGCUGGGGCUGCUUAGCUGUCGCCGACCUGCUGUGGGCAGCUAACCUGUCUGUCCGUCCAGGCCCCCUCUCUGCAGAGAGGGCAGACAGGAGCCGGAGGUGGCAGUGCUGGCUGGUGCGUCCGCCCGAGGGUCGGCACAGGUGCUGGGAACUUUGUAAUGACCAGAUUUGUUUCAGUUCAAUUAAAGUGCUUGUGGAAACUGUCA